AUGUCUGCAGCAACAAAAGAUGUUCUUAGCCGCGUGCAGCGGAUGAUCCCGCCCAUGCUCGAGAAGUUCCACAAAGGGCAACUGGGCCGCGUCGGCGUCCUCGGCGGCAGCGUUGACUACACCGGAGCGCCCUACUUCUCGGCCAUGGCUAGUGCCAGACUCGGCUGCGACAUGUCCCACGUCAUCUGCACACCCGGUGCCGCCUCGGUGAUCAAGACGUACUCGCCCAACCUCAUGGUGCACCCCCUCAUGCGGCAGACGCCGUCAGACGCGGCGCCCGACGGCUCCCGGAACGCCCACACGGACGCGGGGGCAGUCGCCGGCCCCAUCAUCGACAUGCUCGCCCGCCUGCACGUGCUCGUCAUCGGGCCCGGCCUCGGCCGCGACCCGCUGAUGCAGGACACCGUGGCGCGGGUGAUCCGCGCGGCGCGCGAGCGGUCGCUGCCGCUCGUCCUGGACGCCGACGCGCUGCUCGUGGUCCAGAAGGACCCCGCGCUGGUCCGCGGGUACAGGCUGGCUGUACUGACGCCCAACGUCGUUGAGUUCUCGCGGCUAUGCAAGGCGCUGGGCGUCGACGAGGCUGAGGCCAAGGACAGCGCCGCGGCGGGGUCCGGGGGAGGGGAGGAGGCGAAGGAGACGGCCAAGGUGGAGGCGCUCGCCAAGGCGCUGGAGGGCGUGACGGUCGUGCAAAAAGGCGGCAAGGACUUCAUCUCGAACGGAAAGGACACGCUAGUCGUCGAUCUGGAGGGCGGGCUGAAGCGGAGCGGCGGGCAGGGCGACACGCUCACGGGGUCGAUCGCCACGUUCCUGGGAUGGAGGAACGCCUAUCUCGAGGGCCUGUGGGACACGGGCGACGACAAGAUGGCUGAGGACGAGCUGGUCAGGCUGGCCGCUUUUGGCGGCAGUGCCAUCACGAGGGAGUGCUCCAGACGGGCCUUCCUGAGGAAGGGCCGCAGCUUGCAGGCAAGCGACCUUACGGACGAGGUCCACGGGUCAUUUAUGGCCUUGUUUGGCGAGGUUGACGGCAAGGCGGGUGCCACCAAGCUGUGA